GGAGGGGAGAGAGGAGAAAGCCGAGCGCGGACGUCAGGAACAAAAGCUCCAGCGGAGUCUGGCGGAGGCACUAGGGGAGCAUGGGGUGUUUUGAAUAAUUAUUAAAAUUAGCAUGUGUCUGCGCCAUCCUGUGGGUGUGGCGCAGAGCGGAGUGUAAACUCUAGCGGGGCCGGAGCAAACAUCGGAUUAGCGGCAGCAGCCUGCCAGCCUGCCGAGGAGUGCGGGGACCAGCGCGCGGCACGCCGACCGGCACGAUGGCCUCGUCUCAGGGGAAGAACGAGCUGAAAUUCGCCGACUGGAUGGCAACUCUUCCGGAGAGCAUCCACAGCAUCCCCCUCACCAAUUUAGCCAUCCCAGGAUCUCAUGAUUCCUUCAGCUUCUAUAUUGAUGAAGCCUCACCAGUAGGGCCUGAACAACCAGAAACCGUCCAGAAUUUUGUCUCUGUGUUUGGAACUGUAGCCAAAAAGCUGAUGCGGAAAUGGUUAGCCACUCAAACAAUGAACUUUACUGGUCAGCUAGGCGCCGGGAUCCGUUAUUUUGAUCUUCGAAUUUCCACCAAGCCCAGAGACCCCGACAAUGAACUCUACUUUGCUCAUGGUUUGUUCAGUGCCAAAGUCAACGAAGGCCUUGAGGAGAUCAAUGCAUUCCUCACAGACCACCAUAAGGAGGUAGUAUUCUUGGACUUCAACCAUUUUUAUGGGAUGCAGAAAUAUCACCAUGAAAAACUGGUCCAAAUGCUGAAAGACAUCUAUGGAAACAAGAUGUGCCCAGCAAUUUUUGCCCAGGAAGUUAGUCUAAAGUACCUGUGGGAGAAAGACUAUCAAGUGCUGGUCUUCUACCACAGCCCAGUGGCUCUGGAAGUGCCCUUUCUCUGGCCUGGCCAGAUGAUGCCAGCACCCUGGGCCAACACCACAGACCCGGAAAAACUGAUCCAGUUUCUUCAGGCGUCCAUCACCGAGAGAAGAAAGAAGGGCUCGUUUUUUAUAUCUCAGGUGGUGCUGACCCCCAAAGCUAGCACUGUGGUCAAAGGAGUGGCCAGCGGCCUCAGAGAAACUAUCACGGAAAGAGCUCUUCCUGCCAUGAUGCAGUGGGUCCGCACUCAGAAGCCAGGAGAGAGUGGCAUCAAUAUUGUCACUGCUGAUUUUGUAGAACUUGGUGAUUUCAUCAGCACUGUCAUAAAGCUCAACUAUGUCUUUGAGGAGGGAGAAGCCAACACUUGAUAGGACCAUUUGGAGCACCCACGAAUUUUCUCUCUGAUGAUUCACGAUUCAUCCCUCGGGAGGAUCUUCAGCCAAGCACACUUGCAAUGACACAGGAUUUAACUUAUAAAUAGGACAGAAAACAAAUCUUUCAACAUAUUAAUGAAGAAUGAAUAGAAUAUAGAGGUAACUAUGUUGUAUUUUCUUGAACUUAGAUGCUUUCUUAUAAUGUUUGCUUACAAUUAGCUUUGUCAUAUUUGUCAUUUGGGUGCUGGAAAAAACAAACAUGCAGAAGCUUUAGACUAAUUGUGCAGUUUUUUAACUGGAGAACGCUUGUUAUUGCUAUUAAUGAUAUGCACACAGAAACCUUGUUUGACAAAAAGUACUUUCAAGUCAGUGCUAUGGUUUCCAUGUGGACAUACAGUCCCUAUGUAACAGGCACCAAGAGUAAAUGGACUUGCCUUAAUUUCUAAAGGAGGGAACAGGUAGAAGUGAACUGUGGGUCCUCCAGCUAGAGGGACAGUCACCAGGAUGGAGUCCUUGGAAAAGAGAAUGGAGAGAAGGCGACUUUGGCUGUCUUCUGUCCAUUGACUCUGCCCUGGAGCACAUUUAGGGAGCAGGCUGUGGGCCUUCAAUAAAAAGUGCGGGUGAGGACUAGUAUUAUGCAAUCAGAGCUUACCCUCAGCCUCUGCUCCUUUGUCUUAGCGGGGCGUUGUCUUUCCAGAGAGCUAGGAGCACAAGGGCUACAAAUAGGCCCCAAGAUAGUAGGCGGUAAGUCUUGGUGCACUUUUUUUUUUGCUUUCUUUUUUCUUUUUUGCUUUUUCUUGAGACUAUGUCACAAGUUCUGCAAGGCAAAAAACAGAAACAAAAUCCAACUUUUACCCAAUCUGCAGCAGGAAAUCAAAGGAGUGGGUAGGAUGAGGGAAAAUAUGCAAAGAAUAUCAUUUUUUGGUUUGCUUUCCCGUCUGUAAUUUUGAAGGACCAAAAUGGUGAGCACUCCUGCCAUUAUCAUUUAUGUCUCCCUUAUUUCUACACGAUCGUGUGAGUGCAGAGAAUGAGGAGGCAUCUUUUCAAAGCCUUAGGAUAUUCUAUGUGAUGACCUCAAUAUUCACUUUCAGCCAUACUGGGAAAACUCACUUUACAUGGAGCGCCGCCUCACAGGGAAUGUACUAGAGCACGUAGUGUUUGGCAUAUAUGCACCUGUAUGUGUACACACAUGCAAACACACACACACACGCACACACAC